AUGGCAAAAUCUAUACCAAAAAUUGGUUCACGUAAAAUUGGACGUAUUGGUUCGCGUAAGUAUCCUCGUAAAAUACCAAAGGGGGUUAUUUAUAUUCAAGCUAGUUUCAACAAUACCAUUGUGACUGUUACAGAUGUAAGAGGUCGGGUGAUUUCUUGGUCCUCCGCCGGUUCAUGUGGAUUCAAGGGUACACGAAGGGGGACACCAUUUGCCGCUCUAACCGCAGCGGGAAAUGCUAUUCAAACAGUAGUCGAUCAAGGCAUGCAACGAGCAGACGUCAUGAUAAAAGGUCCCGGUCUAGGAAGAGAGGCGACAUUAAGAGCUAUUUCUGGAAGUCGGAUACGAGUAAGGGUUAUACAGGAUGUAACCCCUAUGCCACAUAAUGGAUGUCAAGCAGAUACAAUAGGCAUUGCAAUGCGAAGAAUUUUGCUCGGAGAAAUAGAGGGAACAUGUAUCACACGUGCAAAAUCUGAGAAAAUACCACAUGAAUAUUCUACCAUAAUAGGUUCUGGAUAUGUAACUGCUCAAGACAUCAUUUUACCACCUUCGGUGGAAGUCAUUGAUAAUACACAACAUAUAGCUAACCUAACAGAACCUAUUAAUUUGUGUAUUGAAUUAGAAAUUGAUAGAAAGCGGGGAUAUCGUAUAAAAAUACUAAACAACAUUCAAGAUGGAAGUUAUACUAUAGAUGAUGUAUUCAUGCCUGUUAGAAAUGCAAAUCAUAGUAUUCAUUCUUAUGUGAAUGGAAAUGAAAAACAAGAGAUACUAGUUCUCAAAAUAUGGACAAAUGGAAGUAAUGUUGCUCCAAUACCCAACCAAAGAGCCACGACAGCACCAAUCAAAAAGACGGUUGUUGCUACUGGAUGCCGAAAUGGGUUUUGGAACUUAUUCAUAUUCUCCAAAAAAGACGAUUUGGAAGAUAUAAUUGGGGGACAUGUAUGGUUGGGUUCCAUUUGUAUACUUGGUGGAAUCUGGCAUAUCUUAACCAAACCUUUUGCACGGGCUCGGCGUGCACUAGUAUGGUCUGGAGAAGCUUACUUAUCUUAUAGUUUAGGUGCUUUAGCCGUUUUUGGUUUUAUAGCUUGUUGCUUUGUCUGGUUUAAUAAUACUGCUUAUCCUAGUGAGUUUUAUGGUCCCACUGGACCGAAAGCUUCUCAAGCUGAAGCAUUUACUUUUCUAGUUAGAGACCAACGUCUUGGAGCUAAUGUAGGCUCCGCUCAAGGGCCUACCGGUUUAGGUAAAUAUCUAAUGCAUUCUCCGACCGGAGAAGUCAUUUUUGGAGGAGAAACUAUGCGUUUUUGGGAUCUGCGUGCUCCCUGGUUAGAACCUCUAAGAGGUCCUAAUGGUUUGGACUUGAGUAGACUGAAAAAAGACAUACAACCUUGGCAAGAACGUCGUUCCGCAGAAUAUAUGACUCAUGCUCCUUUAGCUGCCGCAGGAUUUGAAAAAGGAAUUGAUAGAGAUUUUGAACCUGUUCUUUCCAUGACUCCUCUUAAUUGA